UCCCCCACUACCUGAGCUUUUGCUUCAUUAUCCAUCCAUGAUCAGUGAACAUAAAAAAGGCACAUUUAAAAAGUAAUGCCAUGACACUUAGUGAGAAAAUGAGAAACCAAAGUCGUGAUACGAUCUUUCAAAAGCCGAGACUUAACAUUAUCGACGUUCUUAAUUUCCCCAGUACUCCUCCUGACUCACAAGUCGACAUGUGAAAGGUUUUAUAGGAGCUUGGACAGGACGCGGCUGUGAUUAUAAUAACGCAGGGGCAGGCCGGUGCGCUUCCACGCGCCACAGACGCUCCAACGGGCUUUUAGCGAGCGCGAGCGUUCUUGAGCCUCUUCGUGCACGUGAGAUUAGGCAGCUCUUAUCCCGCGGGACGGUGACUGUGAGGACACCGAGAGAACGAGCACAUCCUCAGCCGGUGCUCCCCCACGGGAAGAUGUCACUGACGAGGACCCCGUACCGAGAAACCACGAGCUAACAGCCGCUUCCACCUCGACCCGUUGGAUGUUCAGUUUGGAAGUUUUUCUCCGGACGCUCGUGUCGGUGCACUGAGGCUCAAACCACCGAGAGGGGACAGGUGUCACCCUCCCUCUCCAUCCCCCGCAGGACUGUAGCACCGGUGGGGGCCAGCACCGUUUCUCUUGUGUUUGCGUUUUUCUCCUCCAAAGCCAUGUUGUGGUCGAGGGGGCUCGUGCUGCUUCUCUGCUGGGGGGCCACGAGCGGCGAGCAGCAGCAGCAGCAGCAGGCCGGUGAGAGGGGCGGCGUUCGGGCGGCGGUCCGGUCGGACCCGGGCAGGCGGCGCUCCCCUCCACCGAUGGAGCCCUUGGAUUUUGGGUUUGUACCGGCGGCAGUUUACGACACGCACGCCUACUAUGAGCCGGGGACCAUAGGCAUCCUUUUUCACAUGGUCCAUGCGUUCCUAUACGUCGUUCAACCGAACUCCUUCCCCAAAGAUCUCAUUGUCAGAGUCAUUCAGCAAAAUAUGGGAGGAAUUAAAAUAGAAGAAUGGCGAAAGCCGGAAAACGUUGUCCUGUUUUUGCAGUGGAUCCACUACGAGGCAGGAUUCUUAAUAUGUGGAACCAUCGGCGUCGUGUUUUUGGUCCUCACCCCAAUCAUAGCCACGUGUUUCUGUGUGUGUCGAUGCUGUGACAACUGCGGAGGGGAGAUGCACCAGAGGCAGAGGAAAAACGCUGACUGUCACCGAGGUUUUUUCACUGCCUCUCUCAUCGCCACCACCAUCUUUAUCAUUCUGGGAGUAUUAGUUGCCUAUGCUGCCAAUCAUAAUGUCAGCUCUCAGAUUAAAAGCACUCGGCGGCUCAUUAAUACUAACAUGAGGGACCUGAAGACAUUUGCUAACAACACCCCAGCGCAAAUUGAAUACUUGACAGCCCAGUACACCACAGCAAAGAACAAAGUCCUGUCAGACCUUGACAACAUUGGACCUUUACUGGGCGGUAGGAUCCAUAGUCACCUAGAGAAAGAGGUGGUUCCUGCUCUGGACACUGCCCUGCGUAUGGCAGGAGCAAAAAUUGAGAGUGCGAUCAAAGCCAUGCGGGAGACCAAAGAGGCUCUGGAGAACAUCAGUACUUCACUAGAGAUUCUUCAGGACGGGAUGGGCAAACUUCAGGCCAGUCUGUCAGGGGAGCGUGCCUCUCUGUCUAACACCCUGUCCGACCCUGCCUGCACCAACGGAGCCGUGUCACAAACCUGUAACGCCAUCCGUUCUACACUGCCCCAGCUUGGAAUCAACGCUGACUUCUCCAAGCUCCCUGAUGUCAAUCCUGCUUUACAAAAUGUCAAUGCAGUUCUGAGAAUAGAUCUCAGCAAUAUUGUCCAGAAGGGUUAUGCAUCCUUUAAUGACACACCUAGACUGGUUAAAGAUCAAACCAAAAACAUUGUCUCAGGAGUAAAAGGGAUGCUGGAUAAGAUUGGGAUUGAGAUCACUGCCUUCUCCAAGAUGUUUCCAAUUGAGCCUUCUCUUGCCAAUUUCACGAUCUUCCUCAACGAACGACACAGGGCCAUUGAGUCCUUUUACCCGCAGAUCGACCAAAUGGACUUUUACAGGUGGAUAGUCUGUGUGGCAGUGCUCUGCGUAGUUGUCCUGGUCCUGGCCUUUAACAUCCUUGGCCUGCUUUGUGGCACCUGUGGCUACGACAAGCAAGCUACCCCCACAACCCGCGGCUGCCUUUCAAACACUGGAGGAAACCUCCUGAUGGCCGGAGUGGGCUUCUCGUUCAUCUUCGCCUGGAUGCUUAUGGCCAUCGUUACAACCAUGUUUGUCGUUGGUGGCAACGUAGAAAAGCUAGUGUGUGAACCUCUGGCUAACAGGCAGCUAUUCAAGAUCAUUGACACACCAUUCCUAGUACAUCCUGAAAAAAGGAACUUCCUUCCCGGGAUGCUGUUCCAGAAUCCAAAUAUUGAAUUGACAUUGGGCAGCGUGUACAGGGAUUGCCACGAUAACAAUGGGCUGUAUCACGCCCUGCAGCUGGAGACCAUGUUUAACAUUAACACCUUCCUCAACAGAACGGUGUACAACAGGGAUUUGGCCAAAGUGUUUGAAAGCGUCCAGGUGAACCUGGCGGACAUCACACUCCUGGAGCAGGCAGGCAGGGACAACCUCAUGAACUUUGCCAACUCUGGAAUUGGUCAAAUUGACUAUCCAACUUAUCUUGCGGAGGUAAAUAAGGGAGUCACUGCUGUUGAUCUGCUGUCCUUCUGCUCCGAUCUGGAGGAUCAAGCUGACCAGCUGCCACGUGGUGCUCUCGAGAAUGCUCUGAAAGGGCAUGCCAGCAGCAUCAGAACAAUUCACAAAGAACAGGUGGUCCCCUUGGAGCAAGCAAUGAGCACCCUGAGCCAGAGUAUCAAGCUCCUACAGAGGACGUCCAACGACCUGCCAGUCAAAGUCACUAACGUCCUUGGUGCGCUUGAUGCAGCAGAGUAUCUCAUCACUCAAAAUGCCUCUCAUGUAGUAAAGCAGGAGACAAAAGCAUUUGUGCAGACCUUGGUGGGAUACUUCAAACAGUACACAGAAUGGGUUAAAAACUCACUAACUUCAGAGGUGGCUCAGUGUAAACCCAUCAGCAACAUGGUGGACAGUAUGGAGAUAGUAGCGUGCAGCUUCAUCAUCGACUCAGUGAACACAUUCUGGUUCGGUUUGGGAGGUUGCUGCCUCCUUCUGAUCCCCAGCAUCAUCUUUUCCGUCAAACUGGCGAAGUACUACAGGCGGAUGGACACAGAGGACCGGACAGGAGAACUGGAAUUGAUCGGUUUCCUUAAGUGUCACUGGACUUUAGAUCCUUUUACAUUUCCACGGACAAAAACGAAGAACAAAAGCAAUCAGGAACCGAUUGGUGAGGGUGUCCGGCCCACCCUUUCCUUCCCCUACCCAUUUGACAACGACCUGCGAUGCCUGCCAACUGCAAAGCCGUAGAGUCCUCUCAUUCACAACAGCGACCAGUCACCCAAGUUUCAUGAUGUACAAAAUCAUCUGUUCCUGUGUAACUAUAUCUACCUGUAGAGAAUGAAUUUGUGUCCACAUUCUCAGAUUUACCAGGUGUACAUUUUUUACACUUUCAAAACAUUUGAAAGUUUUAUAUCUUUUUAUCAAUCUCUGUUUUAUAACACAUUAGUAGUUUUUUUUUUUAGCAGUAGUUUUUUUUUUCUCUCUGUGAAUAUUUGUAAUAUAGCUGUCAUUGUUUGGGUUUUCAACAGAUGCAUUGACCAGAUAGACUUUCUGGGAAUAGUUUGACCCGUUGGAAAUUCCACUUUUCUGCUGAAAUUUUAGGAGGAUGAGACAUCUGUCAAGAGGCAUACAAGUCUCAUAAACUAAUCUAAAUGUUUAUGCAAAUUGUGUCUAUUGUCUGAAGAGCACUGGUGUCAGCAGAAACUUUCAUGGAAAUUUCCCCAAAAAAAACAGCCUUGUUACCCAGCAGAAAGUUGGGGGAUGUCCAUUCUCAUCAACGUCUUCAUGUAAACCUUAGCCUAAUCAAAGGAGUGAAAAGGGGAAUUUCCAGAAACAUUGAACUAUUCCUAAAAACGGAAUUAGUAAAUGUGCAGCUCAGGUGGACUCUCUAUUUGUGUCUUGAGGCAUGAGAGGUCCACCACUUACCCUGCCUCAUGCCACUAAACAACACAAAGACUAUGUUCAGACUGCAGGCCUUAAAGCUCAUUUCCACUAUCGUUCUCAGAGCUCAUUAUUUGCUGACCUGUAGCUCUUUUUAACGAGGCCAGUAUCAGAUUUCAGUGAGAACCGUUCUCCUUACUGAACCACCAGCAAUGCACAAAACUCAACAAAGUUGUCACUAGGUAUGUGAAUCAUCCAUCAAAAUUAUGAAAAAAUGCUAAUCAAUGCAACCAAAGCAGCUUUCCAACUCAUAAUGUAAAUACGACUUAGAACUUGCACAAAUUCUGAUUUGACCGGAAAGGCGGUUGCAUUGCAUAAAGAGGACUCUCUGUAUCCAGUUUAACACACAGUAUGACCAUGAACCGAAGUGGCCAGAACUGGUGGCUGUCACACUGUCAUGAAAAGAUCAGAUCCAGCUCACAUAUGAGCCAAAACAAGAAUCGUAUUUGCUCAACAUUUGACUUGCAGUCUGAGCGUAGCCAAAGUGUCACAAAGCUAUGUCAAACCCACACAGCAAUUUUGAAAAGAAGGUUUUUAAGAGUAAACACAAUUACUGCUCAGAGAUUACUGCACAAAGGCAUUUCUCCACGGACCGUAAAUGAGGGCCUAAUCGCUGUGAUGACGGAAAUCAGAGGAACACGUUAAAAAAACUUUGGAGUUCAUGGAAUCUGUGAAUAAAAAAUAUAAAAAUAUCCUGUACUAUG